GCUGAAUAUGGCUACAUGAAUUAGAAGCAAGGAAAAAAUGUCACUCUACUUCGAUUACACCGUUCAUGUGGAGGAUCCAGUAACAUCGGUCAAUGCCUUGGCUUGGCAUCCACAACAAGCACUGCUUGCCAUUGCUUGUCACUCUCAAGACAUUGGAGGCAGUGUCACUAUUUGUGAUGACUUGGGCGAAGGCCUAAGAGAAGUACAGCCGGCGCGUGCGCAGUGCGCUGCAGUAGGCGUGGCUUGGCACCCGGCACGGCGCAUGCUCGUCUCGGCCUGGGCGAACGGCGAACUGCGCGUCUGGAGCGGCGAGCGCGACUUCUGUGCGGCGCCAACCAAGCACGCUGCUCCCCUGUAUCUUGUCCUCUGGUCGCAUCUCGGCGGUCGCUUCAUCUCCGUUGACAUCGGCGAAGGCCUAAGAGAAGUACAGCCGGCGCGUGCACAGUGCGCUGCAGUAGGCGUGGCUUGGCACCCGGCACGGCGCAUGCUCGUCUCGGCCUGGGCGAACGGCGAACUGCGCGUCUGGAGCGGCGAGCGCGACUUCUGUGCGGCGCCAACCAAGCACGCUGCUCCCCUGUAUCUUGUCCUCUGGUCGCAUCUCGGCGGUCGUUUCAUCUCCGUUGACAUCAACGGAGUGGUGAUAGGCUGGCGCGUGGACUCGCGGGGCCAACUGGUGUCUGUGUGGGAACAGAACGCGGGCGCAGAGGUGAGCUGUGUGGAGUUCAGGCGCGCGCGCCCAGGCCCUGACCUCAGUCGCCUUGCGCGCAAAGCGGUGGCGGGCGAUCAGCGCGCCCUCGAUGUCUUCAGCGCCUGGCGACCUCGCACCGCCGGUCAGCCUCCAGCCUUUGCCGCCUCACAAGACCAUCUCGCCUGCUACGUCGCCACUCACACCGGAAAGGUGCUCCACAUAUCAGAGAGUGGAAGCUGUCAAGAAGUGUUGAAUUGUGGCAACGCCAGAAUAAAGCGAAUGCUUCAUCACGAGCAUGAAGACAGUCUGAUUAUUCUGACGGAUGGGUUGAGCAUCGGCCAUUAUGCUGUGGCUCAGGAUGGAUCGCUCGUCGAAGUGAAUAAGGUGAAGAUGAGUGCGGCUGGAGCGGAGGGGAGCGCUGCAAUGGUGUGGGCAGGCGUUGGUUUGGUGGCCUGCGCAGUGGGAUCCACAGUGGUUCGCUGCUGGGAGCUCUCAUCCGGGGACUCCUACUCGCUGCCCGUCCAACCGCACGAUCAGGCCACCGCCAACCAGGCCAUCACAGCUCUCGCCUACUUUGCACAGGACGGGACGUUGAGCGCAUGCACGAACGUGGGCAACAUUCUGUUGUGGCGGCGCAGUGGCGGGGGAGUGGGAGAUGAGUGGGAGGAGCUUGCUGGCAGCCGUGUGCGAGGUCACAUCCAGGCAUGCAGCUGGGGCGCCUCCGCCAGUCUGGCCGUCUGCACCGCUGCAGCCGCCUUCCUGCUCAGGCAACACGAGCUGUCAGCCGCCUACACCCAUCGGGUCUCUACUGUUCAAGUAUCAGCGUCAGAUCUGGUGGUAUCAUUGGACGGUGACUCAGCUGAGCUGAAGACUGACCUGAAGGUGUGCGGUGUGUCCGUGUCCAAGGACAAUAUAGUCGUGUGGAGUGGAAAAACAGUGGUUGUGUACCAAUCGGCUCCACUUACAUCUCUCAAUGUCAUUAGUUCGUUUGCUUGCGAAUGUGAGUGUGUUGCCCUGCUAGAACAGAGCCUGGUUGUGCUUGAGUCGAAGAGCAGUCACGUGCAAGUGAUGACAUUUCAGGGCACUGUCAAGCAGUCUCUCACAUGCAGCAGCACACCUAUUGGACUUCACCUAUCUUCUUCGUCUUCUCAUCUGGUUGUCUGGACUAUGUCUGGUGCUCUCCAUGUUUGGGACCUUACACGCAGAGAGGCAAAAGCAGUGUGUCCGCCCAAGGACCUGAUGGAAUGCUUGGAUGACUUUGGUGAGGUGAUUUGUGCCAGAGUCAAUGCAAAUGGCUCUCGUGUGUCGUUGAGUGUGGCUGGAGUCAACCUUCUUCCAUUGCCCUCAGUCUACAUAUGGGACUUGGAAAGUGACUCACUAUCUUGUCACUCAUUCUCUGCUGAUGAAAGUUUCAGCAACGAAACAAAAAGGUUUAUUGUCAAUCACUUUUGGGAUGAACAAGAGCCCCGAUUGCUUGUAUGUGAAGCCAAAAGACUCCCGCCAGAUGCAUCUCUGAAAUCACAUCAUACCAAUAAUCAAAGGAGCCCGCCAAGUGAUGCUGACAAACAUUUAACUGUUUUAACGAGUCUUGCCUACUCGUCUACUCAUGGCAUUCUAGUGCAAGAUGUGAUGCCUGCUCCUGAGCACUUUGUUAGUCUGUUAGCGGUUGAUACUCCUCAUCUUAUUGUACUAGUCAAACCAACAAAUCAACAGCGAGUGACAUCCAGCAAGAUACUUAUGAAAGACUUCGAGGGUCUGGAAAAUUGUGACUCAGCUACCAGAGCGGCUGUACAUAACUUCAGCUUUUGCCUCAGCGUUGGAGACAUAGACCAGGCAUUUAAGACUAUUCGGCAUGUCAAAAGUGUUGCAGUGUGGAGCAAUCUGGCGAAACUGUGCGUGAAGACGCGUCGCCUGGAUGUGGCGGGGGUGUGCCUCGGCAGAAUGGGUGACGCGCGAGGCGUGGCUGCCCUGCGCGAUGCUCAAGCCUACCCCCAACUCGAGGCUAGGCUUGCCACUCUAGCUGUACACCUCGGACUGAUUGAUGAAGCGGAGAAGCUGUUUGCAAGCUGCGGCCGCUGGGAUCUGCUGAACAAGAUGUUGCAGGGCCUGGACGAGUGGGAGCGCGCACUGCGGCUGGCGGAGGAGAAGGACCGCAUCCACCUGCGACACACGCGGCACGCCUACGCGCGGCACUUGGAGGAGAGCGGCGACGCGGAAGCGGCAGCUGACAUGUACCGCCAGGCGGACACGCACCGCUCGCACGUCACCCGCAUGCUGCUCGACCAGCCGCACCAGCUCGAGGCCUACGUUCUCAACUCAAAAGAUCCGGCAUUAUUCAAAUGGUGGGCUCAAUACAUGGAGAGCAGUGGUGAUAUGGAGCUGGCAAUGAAGUACUACAAGGAUGCUGGAGAUGACCUGUCAAUGGUGCGGGUGAUGUGCUUCCUGGAGGAGUUCGACCGGGCAGCGGAGAUCGCCAGUCGCUCAUCGGACAAAGCGGCCUGCUACCACCUAGCUAGGCAAUACGAGAAUAUGGGCCAUGUCCAGGAGGCUGUUCACUUCUUCACUCGGGCCACUGCUUAUGCCAACGCUAUUCGUAUGUGCAAGGAGCAGCAUUUGGAUGACCAGCUGUGGUCUCUGGCGUUGUCGGCUGGACCGCGUGAACAGACAGAGGCAGCCCGCCAUCUUGAAUCGACGGCGCCCGAUCGCGCUGUCCUCCUCUAUCAUCGAGCUGGACUCUUCCGCACCGCUCUAGACCUUUACAAAGACGGAGUAUCACUUUGUUGGGAAAGGAGUGUGCCACUGACUGAAGAGCUCGCAGAAGCCCUCACCCCCUCUCAGGGCGAUCCAAAUAGGGCUGAAAUUCUCGAGCACCUGGCUGAAUGUGCUCUCAUGCAGGCCAAUUACCAUCUUGCCACAAAGAAGUUCACUCAGGCUGGUAACAAGGUAAAGGCAAUGAAGGCACUCCUGAAAUCUGGAGAUACCGAAAAGGUGAUUUUCUUUGCGACGGUUUCUCGACAACGUGAGAUCUACGUGAUGGCCGCCAACUACUUGCAGUCCCUCGAGUGGCAGUCGCAGCCCGACCUGCUCAAGAACAUCGUCACGUUCUACACCAAAGGCCGUGCUCCCCAUCUUCUCGCCAACUUCUAUACAUCUUGUGCUCAGGUAGAAAUUGAUGAGUAUGGAAACUACGAGAAGGCGUUGGGUGCAUUGAAUGAAGCUGCACGCUGCCUAUCGAAGGACUCUGACCAGUAUGCCAGUGUUGUUGAAUCAGUUGCUAGAAAAACUGCUUCUGUGAAAAAGUUCCUUGAUAUACGAAGAAUGCUAGACAGAGGAGAGGCGGAGAGCGGGUUGCAACAGUGCAGACAGCUGUUGUCGGCCGGCUGUGACCUGGUGAGGAGUGGCGACGUGUAUUCGCUCAUGAUCGAACAGGCAACCAAAGCGAACGAUUGGCGAACGGCCGCACGUCUAGCGCAAGAGCUGCGUCAAGCUCAGCCUCAUGAUAAUCUCUCCUUGUAUAUUCCCAAAGAUAUAAUGGAAAGACUGGGAUUGGAUCAUAAACAAGAAUUGGAAUCUCACGAGGUUGAUCCUGAAGAAGCAGUUGAAGAAGCAGUUUAAAUGAUCUGUAUAUCUAUAGAACAAUAUCAAUAAAAUUAUUUAUAUUUUAGCACAUUGCUGUUUGGAAGUGACUCGUUCUAUAAUAGUAUACUAGCAGGUAACCCGUGCUUCGCAAGGGUACAGUGUACUCGAAUAAUUUUGAAAUUUUAAUUAAAUAAAAAUGGAAGAAUAUAA